AUGGACCUCUCCCAUCUAGAGCGCCCGUCUAUUCUCUGCCAGUGCGCCUGCUGCUCAAGCUCACUGGCAGCGUGCGAGAAUGAGUGGGCCAAGUUAUCCGACACCUACUCGACAUUGACCGGCUGGAUCAGUAUCGACAUGGACCGGAUCAAGAUAUCGUCCGAAAAGAAGCAGAUCCCGCAGUCGUCCAAUCUCGAUUUUGUUCGUGGUCGCGUUAUCCAGGAGAUCGUGUGCCGGCUGUGCCACCAGAAGCUGGGCGCACUCGUCCACCUUGAGCCAGAUGCGAAAGUUUUCUGGAAGUUGUCGAAUGUAUCGUUUAGGGAGAUUAUAUCUAUGAAAGAAACACAGCCGAUGUUCCGGGAAGGCUCGUUGCCUUGGCUCUUGUUCCCUGACCAGCAAGUCGUGUCCCAAACUGACUCGGCAGAAAACACGCCUGGGUCUACCAAUAUUCCAGAGGCAGCGCUCAACAAAGCUAUACAAAACCAAGGCCUCAGCCUCCAUCGAAUUUCGAGUUCCGUUGACGAGUUACAAGAUACAAUGGCCGAUCUGAAGCAAUCAUUCAGAGCUCUGCGACUCGAGUUAAAUACAACUUCCUCGUAUCGCGGCCAAGUAGGUCAGUGUGAUGAGGCAAUGGAUAUGCUGAAAAUUGUUCUGAAAGAACUCCAGUCCAAAGCCGAUGAGAUCGAGAAACUCAAAUUACAUAACGAUGCUUUGAAAGUAAAAAUGAGAUAUCUGGAAGACCGCCAACAGAACGCCCCUCCACUGACCCCACGCCUACUGGAUGGCCUUAUACCUGCAGUACAAAGCCCGGGUUUUUUGAAUGAACACGAAGGACAUCAAUCACCGAAAUUCAUUACAACUGGACGAGUUGCGGAUUCAUUUGAAGGGGAUAACGAAUCUAUCGACCAUGCUACGGGUUUUGAACAAGCCCAUCCUGUCAGGAUUCCUCUCAAACCCGCUGCCGAGACUUUACCAAUGCACAUUCGCCAAUCGCAGGACGAUCGGCAUUCCCAAGGGACAACAAGAGCUCGACGAGACUCUGGUGAGCCAGCUACGAAGAGACAGCGACUCAAUAUUGUAUCAGAGGAAUCAGGCAGUCCAGCCACUGUACAACCUGUGAGGGAACGGCAAAGAGGCCGGCCACGCAAACCUCAAGCCUCCAUGCCCCAUGUCCAGCAAACUCCCAACCUCCCUGCAACAACGCCCAUGGUAGAUGGCCAAGAGGCCGCCCUGGAUACAUCACUUGAGGACUCGUCAGUCCUCCCUGUUGAAGACGCUACUAGCUCAGAGGGCCCAAAACCGAGAGGCAGACGACGAACAAUUUCCAAGACAACGUCAACUUCUCAAGCCAAAUCCAGAGUCACUCGACGACGGUCCAAAACGCAGGACACGGACUCUCCCAAACCACCAGAAUCACAGGAUAAAACAAUAGAGACGAAUGACAGUCUAAAAACUCCAGCAGAAGUUGCGGUCAGCGUUGCCGAACUCACUCCCGAAAGUGAGAUUGAAAGCCACCUUUCCGCGGGCAGGAAAGAAGGCGGCGAAGGGGGUAAUAGGAGCUAUUCGAAAGAGCGAAGGAACCGAGUUUCUGACAGAUACACAUUGGCCAAAGCAGCCAUGGAAAGAGAAGAAGCCAUGGCAGAUGGAUAG